GCUUCGGAGGGCUGCCUGUAUCAGCAAAACCAAGCUCAGGAGGCAGAGAGAACUUUGUGGGCUGCAUGGAGGGAAUCAUCUACAACGGAGACAAUAUCACUAACCUGGUCCGCAGGAAGAAGGUGGACAUUUCCAGCUUCCGUAACCUAUCAUUUUCUUGCGCUGAGUCCAACUCCUUCUCCGUCUUCUUCAAUUCCACGUCCUUCCUGCGGCUGCCGGGUCAGAGUGACAGUGACACUCUGUCAGUCAGUCUGUCUUUCAGGACGUGGAACCCCAACGGGCUGCUGAUGUUCACGGCGCUGGCUGACGGCUGGGUGGAGGUGGGACUGGCCGAGGGCAAGGUCACCGUCUACAUGAAUGUGACACAGAAGAAGAAUACACGUAUUGACAUCUCAUCAGGUUCAGGUCUGAAUGAUGGCCAUUGGCACAGUGUCCAUCUAAAUGCAUUGGAGAACUAUGCUAUGCUGACAGUUGAUGGAGAUGAGGCAUCCACAGUCAGAACAGCUAUCCCCAUCCAGAUUCAGACUGGAGGAACCUACUACUUUGGAGGCAACCUCAUGCACACCAACACCCGAUCCCUUCAGCGCUCGUUCCAGGGCUGCAUGCAGAUGAUCCAUAUAGACGACCAUCUAGCUGACCUCAGGGCUGUGGAGCAGGGCCUCAUUGGAACCUUUGAAAACGUCAGCCUGGAUAUGUGUGCCAUUAUUGACAGGUGCGUUCCUAAUCACUGUGAGCAUGGCGGUCGCUGUUCUCAGACGUGGGAUACAUUCAGCUGCAACUGUAGCGGGACUGGAUACACUGGAGCUACUUGCCAUACAUCGAUGUAUCAGCAGUCCUGUGAAGAGUAUAAGCAUCAGGGGAGGAACUCAGGGAGCUACUGGAUUGACCCGGACGGCAGUGGAUCUAUUGCCCCCUUCAGAGUCAGCUGUGACAUGACAGAGGAAAAGAUUUGGACCACGCUGAAGAACAACCUAUCUCCUCAGACAUCAGUUACCAGUACAGACCAGGAGGGGAAGGCAGUGUUGCAGAUCACUUACAAUGUGACUGAUGAACAGGUGUUGUCAGUCACCAGCAGUGCAGAGUACUGUGACCAGUAUGUAGCCUACGCCUGCCGAAUGUCUCGUCUGCUCAACACUCCUGAUGGAGCCCCUUUUACUUGGUGGGUAGGAAGAGCCAAUGAGAGGCAUUCUUACUGGGGGGGCUCAGGACCAGGCAUUCAGAAGUGUUCUUGUGGUAUCGAACACAACUGUACUGACCCUAAACACUACUGCAACUGUGACGCUGACCUGCGCACCUGGAGGGAGGAUGCAGGCCUGUUGGUGUAUAAAGACCAUUUGCCAGUCAGUCAGGUUGUGGUUGGUGAUACAGGCAGAGCUGGAUCUGAGGCCAAACUGACAAUAGGGCCACUCAAAUGCCAGGGGGACCGGAACUUCUGGAAUGCAGCGUCCUUCACCAGCCCUGCCUCCUACCUCCACUUCCCUUCCUUCAGAGGAGAAACCAGCACUGACAUAUCCUUCUACUUUAAGACUUCGUCCACUCAUGGCGUCUUUCUGGAGAACCUGGGAACAAUUGACUUCCUUCACAUUGAACUCAGAGGAGGCUCGGUGGUCUACUUUUCUUUUAAUGUUGGCAGUGAGCGUGUGGAGCUCAGUGUCCACUCGCCAGUGCCUCUGAACGAUGACCAAUGGCAUCGUGUGGAGGCUGAGAAGAACAUAAAGGAAGCGGUGCUGCAGCUUAAUGGACAAUACAAAGAGGUCAGACCCACGCCCCCACAUGGACACACAAAACUGGAGUUCUACAGUGAGCUAUAUGUUGGGGCCUCAAGUGGUCGGAGGGGUUUCCUGGGCUGCAUGCGGGCUCUGAAGAUAAAUGGUGUGACUUUUGACCUGGAGGAGAGGGCACAGGUAACUCCAGGGGUAAAUCCAGGCUGCCAGGGCCACUGCAGCAGCUACGGGAUGCGCUGUAGGAACGGAGGGAAGUGUGUAGAGCAGUACAAUGGAUACUCCUGUGACUGCUCUCUCUCUGCGUACGAUGGACCCUUCUGCUCCGAUGAUGUAGGCGGCUACUUUGAGACAGGAACCUUGGUGCGGUAUGACUUUCUGCCAGAGGCAGGAACUUUUGCGUUGCAGGAGGUGAAGAGCCUAUCAGAUGUUGGUGUUCUUAGUGAGGCCAACCUGACUCAGGAGGAGCUGGUGUUCAGCUUCAGCACCUCCAGAGCUCCCAGCAUCCUGGUCUACAUCAGCUCCAGAACUCAGGAUUACCUAGCUGUGGUACUCAGAGACAACGGCACCCUCCAGAUCCGCUACAGUCUUGGGGGGCUAACAGAACCUUACACCAUAGAUGUUGACCAUCGUAACAUGGCCAACGGACAGCCACACUCUGUCAACAUUACUAGGAAUUUAAGGGAGAUACGACUACAGCUGGACCACUACCCAGUGUCCACAUACACCCUACCUGAGGCCUCCGACACCAAGUUCAACUUGCUCAAAAGUAUCUUUCUUGGAAAAGUAUUUGAAACAGGACAGAUUGAUCCCAUCCUAAUCGAGCGCUACAACACGCCAGGCUUUGUGGGCUGUCUGUCAAGAGUUCAGUUGAACAGCGUGGCACCGCUGAAAGCUGCACUGCGCUCAGGCCUUGCAGCACCCGUCAGCACCCAUGGGAUUCUGGUCCCAUCCAACUGUGGAGCCUCACCACUUACCAUCUCCCCUAUGGCCUUUGCUAGUGACCCCUGGCACAUAGAAGCAGCUGGAGCUGUUUUCCCCUUUAAUGAGGACAAGGCCAGUGGUGCUGGAGUGGAUCGCAACUCUGCCAUAAUUGGAGGCAUCAUCUCCAUGGUGAUAUUCACUGUCCUCUGCAUCAUGGUGUUUGUGAUCCGUCAUAUGUUCCGUCAUAAAGGUUCCUACCACACCAACGAGGCCAAGGGAGCAGAGUCAGCAGACUGUGCUGACGCAGCAAUCAUCGUCAAUGACCCGGCCUUCACCGAAACCAUCGACGAGAGCAAGAAGGAGUGGUUCAUAUGAACCCCUCUCAGCAACAUGGACACAUGACGUUAGGAUGUAUGUAGUUUUCUAAGCAUAGGGAGUAGUAGUGAGGUCACCACCUGUGGAACCUCGAGGAUUUAAGAACUUUAUGGACAAUGGACACCAUGGCAUUAUGCAUGGUUAUUACAGCACAGUGCUGUAGAUGGAGAUGUGGAGCGGUUUAUUUUAACUUAAUUUACAAUGGACAGGAUGACAGUCUGUAAAGGAGAUGUAGCCAUGACUUUGUCCUCAUCAUUUGGACUAAGAACGGAAAGAAAACAUCACACUUCUAUUUAUUUUUGCAUCUACAUAACUGAAGUGUCUCUUCAUGACUUUUGAGCCUUGAUUGUUGAAACGUUUAAUGAUUGCAUAUUUUAUUGUUUCUGCUGGCAAUGCCAAUACAUGAUAAUGCUAAAAUGUCUGUCUAACAGUGAAACCAAGUACCGUAAUGUUUCUAUUUAAGGAACAUAACAACAUUUUAGAAAUCUUGUGUGCCAUCUGACUGGAUGAGUUUAGCUUAGGUUGGCACAAAGAUUGGAAGUAGGAGGAAACUGCUAGCCUAUCUCCAUCACAAGUGAAGAGCAAUGCCAUAGCUGUCUGAUUUACUCAUCCUAGCCAGCUUGGUUGAGAGUAGAGAUAAGACGUAGCUCAAACCUGAACUUCUUAUUAUGAGGACAUGACUUUCGGUGUUCUAGUAGAAUAAAAAACCUCCUUAACCCAUGGCACCUGGUUUCUUCACAAGAUAAAAUGUGUGAAACACAAUUUGGAGUUCUUCCAGGCCCGUAGUCAGGGCCACUUAUGUUGUUAUGUGUUAGAUAUAGAAAAUAAUCAGCAUCUGCACUUCUUAAUGACCACUCAGAAAGAACAGUGGCCGCUGACAGGCAGCAGAGCAGCUAAAGCUAAAGGCCAAUUCUUUUUUUCUGAGACUGGAGGCUUAGCUGGAGACAAGUCACAGUCAAAACAGUCACAAGAUUGGGACAAAUCCAACAAGAGAAUAACACAUCGAGAAAACUUCAGCUCUGGAUGGAAGGUGUAUUUUUUUUUAGACCUUUGAUAGGCCAAGACUAGCAGUUUCCCCCUGCACCCAGUCUUUGUGCUAGGCUGGGCUAAACAUGUUCUUGACCUAUCUGUGUGCUGUAUGAAAUAUGAUGAAAUGAGAAAUUAAACUGAUACCGAUGAUCUUGUUCAAGAUGGCAAGUAACAGGCUAUACAAAUAACUUGCCACAAAUGUAAACAUUUUUCCUUUAAUUGGACACUUAGUAAUCAGCUUCUAUUGGCAGCAUGUUAGUAAUUACAGUUUCACCAGCUACUGAGAAAGCCUUUCUUAUUUCCAUGUAACGUAGUAUUUUGGAACGAUUCACCAGUGUUAAAGAUAUUAAUUUCUUCCGGCUUAGUGAAUUUGUGGCCAUGUUGAGGACUGAGUUUAUGUAAAAGAACAUUUGUUACCCACAUACAAAACUAUGGCAUACAUCCUGACAUUUGAUUGUAUUGCAUUUGUAUUAUUUUGACUGCACUGCAGUAUAAUGGCAUGCUGUUUGACACUGAAUGACACAAAUAUUUCUUUUUGAUAAACCCCUGUAGCAUCACAUUGCUUUCCCCUCAUGUUAUAUGUAUAAAGCUUUGCUUAACUGUUCUUUAUUUAUAGCUGAUUUCUUAUUCUUUGUGCUUUUAUCAUUGUCUUGAAUAUGUGAAGCUUCCUAUUGGGAAGACCAGUAAAAUAUGAGUACAAAUCUUA